AUUGUAGGCCAUACUGAACCCUACACCAAACUGUGCUGUAAGGGUUUCUGCAUAGACAUCCUGAAGAAGCUGUCCCGCACCACCAAGUUCUCAUACGACCUCUACCUGGUCACCAAUGGGAAGCACGGCAAGCUGGUCAGAGGCAGUUGGAACGGCAUGAUCGGAGAGGUAAGGAGAUGAUGGUUAUUCUAACAAGCAUUAUAAUUAGCCACCUGCUAAAAAGUUAGCAUAUCAAAUAAAUUAGAUUUAGCUAAUAAAAUUGAAUGAUAAUGCAAAACUUUUAUUUCAGUUUAUAUAGACAUACCCCAAAAGUAAUUAUUUGUCAUGAGAUUGCCAUAAACAAUAACUAGUAAUGCUGCAUAGUUCUAGAAAGGUCUGGAACUCACCUUUCUGGUAAAAAUGUGUUUAAAAGUUGCUGAAGUGUACUCAUUUUUGAGGACAAGCUCAAGUAUAUAGUACAAAUAUUAUUAAAAUAUUAAAAACCAUAUGAUUUUUUUUAUCCCUAUUCAGCUUAAGUGGGGGAAUAGGGCUUGAAAUGAUUGAAAUGCUUUCUAAAUAUAGUAACAAUCAAAUUAUAAAUGACUUAAUAUAAGAUUUCACCUUUCUUAUAACUGUAAAAUAAAUAUGAUACAUUUGGCCCCAUUUCAUAUAACUAAUGACAGAGGAUUUUCUGCCUCCUCUGAACGAUGCAGAGACACCAUUCGAAAGUGGUCGUGUUUCAGUUCUUGACAUUGGUGAUUUAGGUUUAUGUUGGCACUGAGUUCAGAUAAACAUUAAAAAUAAAAAGCCAUGAAUAACGAUUAAUUAAUUGCCCUUAAUAAAAACAAAUAGGUAUCAUGGUCCAAAUCCAAAUAAAGGGAAACGAGCUGGAAGUUCGCAGAUUUUUGCAUCCCUAUUAGAGUGAGUUUAAAAAACAAAGUAAAUGCCCUUGUAAAUAAUCUCCACCAUCAAACUAAUCCAUUAGUUAUAAUUUUCAGGGAAGCUAUUGUGCUCUAUUGGGCAUUGACUACAGUAGCACCAGUAAUGUCUGACAUGACGCCAGGCAGAAUGCCUGGACUGUAAAUCCACUGGCGAGUCAAUCAGCAUGUUAAACAUUAGAGUUGUGUAGGGGAAAACGUCAGUAGAGGUUAUUAAGAGCAUAAAUCAUACUGCUUAUUAGGUAGUUCUUUAUGAGUUUUAGUUUAGAAAACGAUCUCUCUGCAGAAGUGACAGUUACAGGGAUGGUAAAAACAGCUUGAUUGCCAUAGCAACAUCAGGGAAACUGGGCAGAAGGGAGUUGUGCCACUUUUGUAACAUCUUUAAUUGAGCCUCUCAUUCUCCUUAAUUGCCGGCCUCAAGAUUUUACGGAAAGAGAUUAACUGUAUAGGAAGCUCUAGGGACAGGUCGUCUGGAUACUGGACAGCCAAUAAAUUGGCAGAUGCAAAAAGAUUAUCAUCUUUAGCAGACAACAGUUCUUGAGGGCUUGAACAAAUAAAGCUGUUUGUGAUUUUGUUCAUACUGGUGAACCGGCGUUUGAGUUGUGUGGUUGCAAUAUAAACAGUCCCUUUUCUCUGGUAUAUCUUGGCCUGCAUCAUUCAAGGCUAAGUUUAAAUUGUGUGCAGCACAAUGGACAUAUAAUGCACAAUGUCUCAGGAAAGACUGUCUGGGUUGGCAACCUGGAUCUACAGUACAGGCUGUGGUGAAAACAUUUGCACACAAAAAAGGAGGACUUCAGGACACCAGGGGAGUCUUUCAAGUUGGAUUCACCUUGAAUAUUGCAGCCCAUUUGUGUAGGCUAUUAGCCAGACAGCCAGACCCAGAUAUAUUAGCCAGACAGCCAGACCCAGACCUAUUAGCCAGACAGCCAGACCCAGACCUAUUAGCCAGACAGCCAGACCCAGACCUAUUAGGCAGACAGCCAGACCCAGACCUAUUAGCCAGACAGACAGACCCAGACCUAUUAGCCAGACAGCCAGACCCAGACCUAUUAGCCAGACAGCCAGACCCAGACCUAUUAGCCAGACAGCCAGACCCAGACCUAUUAGCCAGACCUAGACCUAUUAGCCAGACAGCCAGACAGCCAGACAGCCAGACCCGCUGAGUUCAACAAUAAAGAGUGGCUAAAUGUAUCCUCAAGCCGACUACUUUUUUUUUCAUUGUUAGGUUCUUUGAUGUGUCAUUUAGAUAGUACAUUGCAUAAUGAAACAAUCCCUAGUAAGCUAGUGUUUUGAGGGUGGACUGAUUGUAUUAUUUUGCAUUUGUGAUGAGUGUGAUGGAAAGGAGUCAGGCGCAGGAGUGUAAUCACCGAAUACAGAGUUUUUCCUUCGUAGACACACAAAUGCGCUCAAAUAGUGAUCAACGAAACAGGCACAGGGGAAACUAUCAUCCCUGGCAAAUACACUGUAACGGAUAUCCAAUAAUACAUAGGCACAGGGGGAAAUCUACCCUGGCAACAAUAUGUUACGAGUAGCACCACCGCGCUACACUACUCUCACAAAUAACAAUCACCCACAAGGACAAGGGGGCAGAGGGAACACUUAUACACGGACUGAUGAGGAGAUUAGGACCAGGUGUGUGUGAUUGACAAGACAAGACUAAUGUGAUGAUGAUUGGGGCGGCAGUGGUUAGUAAGCCGGUGACGACGAACGAGGAGGGGAGGCAGCCUCAGCCGAAGUCGUGACAGCAUUAUUAGGUUUUACGCACAACUUUCUAUCCAAUCUGGGAGAGAGUGUGAGGACGACUCAUGUCAUGCAGGUUAAGAUAGCCUAUACAGGACAGUUGUAUAUUAUAAAAAAUAUAUAUUGGUAGCUGAUUAGUAUGCUGAAGAUUUAUUUUACAAUCUGCAAUGGUUGAAUUUCCUACUGUAAUUACAUUAUUGCCACGAACCAGCAGUCUAAAAAUGGCAGCAUUGCGACUCCAUGUUUAGUUUCGUGAAAUGUUAAGCUUAACAUGACAAAAUGACGACCAAAUAGGCCUACCAAUAAACAUUUAACCAUUAGCUAAAGCAAAGCUAAACCCUGGCACCACAGAAAGCCUAUCAUCGAUUCAAUAGGCAUGCAGCCGCAUAGACCUUGUGGUCAUGGCCGUCGUAGCCAUAACCACCGCAUUUGUUCACUGAUAUCCCCUUAUAUUUUAAAUCUUUUUUUCUUUAUCUUUUUUUUAACUAUUUCAGUCACAUUCCUGAAGGUCAAGAAACAAACACUUAGCUUCCUAGUACAUAUAGAAAUUAAAAAGGUUUAUGAAUUACUUUUUGGAGGGUUACUGUCAAAAUGAUGACAUUUUGCUCGUGGGGCCCCUAGAGCUCGCCUUGCAGGGGUGUUUGGUAUGCCAGUGUUCACAAUGCCCACUUCCUGCUGGUAAUGCUUUGUCAGCCGGAGCCAGGGGCUUAUGUAACAGGUAUUAGGUCUUUGGUAUAUGCAGCAAUAUCUAGUAAUGGAUUAGGGAUUAGGAUAGAUAUCGCAUGAUGGAUGAUAUUGCAGAGAUGAAUGGGUGGGUAGAUGCCAUGGGCUGUUAUCUGCAUCUGUCUGUCUGGAUGGGUUGUGUAGUAUAUCAGGGAUAAUACUGUACACACUGGAUGUCACCUACAGGGAUUUAAACCUUGUAUAUCAAUGUUGCUAGAUAAAAUGAAUCAAACGGGUCAACGAGCAUCCCUAAUCCCAGUGUUCGAUUUAUUACACAUCAUGGAACAUAUAGACUGUAUACAUUCUAUGUCUUCCCUUCUCCCUAGGUGGUAUACAAGCGGGCGGAUAUGGCCAUUGGCUCGCUGACCAUAAACGAAGAGCGCUCAGAAAUUAUCGACUUCUCCGUGCCGUUCGUGGAGACGGGGAUCAGUGUGAUGGUUGCCAGGAGCAACGGGACCGUCUCACCCUCUGCCUUUCUUGGUGAGCAUGUUAAACCUGCUCAUCUAAACAAACAAAACUUUUCUCCACAGAGAUAACACCACUUGGCUUAAAAAAGCUUAUUUUACCAUCUGAAAACAGAAAUGGCAAAUGGUACUCUCUCUGGACAGAGUUUAGAACUCACAACUGAAUUUAUCGUACAACAAGCUGCCUCACACUACAGAAACAGGAGAUAGGCUCCUGCUCCUAUGAGUGGUUCCGGUUCGCACAUGCCAAGAAUCGUUCAAGGCUACGUUACUUACUUUAAUACUUUAUAAAGAACAUCCCUUUCAGAAGCUGCUGACAGUGUGUUACUAUGGUAAUACAAUACCACGUUGUCCUUGCCAUUAUCUAGCAAGCAGCUGUCAGAGCACAUGGUUUCAAUGAUUGCUAGAAAGCUGUUCUGAUUCUUCUAUAGGUGUUCUGAUUCCUCUCUCCCCCCUCCUCUGUAGAGUCCUACAGUCCGGCGGUGUGGGUGAUGAUGUUCUGAUUCUUCUAUAGGUGUUCUGAUUCCUCUCUCCCCCCUCCUCUGUAGAGCCCUACAGUCCGGCGGUGUGGGUGAUGAUGUUUGUGAUGUGCCUAACGGUGGUAGCAGUCACAGUGUUUAUCUUUGAGUACUGCAGCCCUGUGGGGUACAACCGCAGUCUGGUGAGCGCCAAGGGUGAGUGUCAGCUCCGACCACCUUUCCCUCUACCUCUACCCUUCCGUAUCAGCAAAGGUAGAAAGUCACGGAAAAGUAGGUUGAAAGAUCUCUAUAUCAUAUCACAGAAAAUAUUAAAAUACAUUGAAAUGGAAUGCAAACGCAUGUUAGAUACGCCCUCUCUGAAUCCCUUCUGUCUUUACCACAACCACCAUCCUGUCUUCUCCAGAUCCCGGAGGCCCCACCUUCACUAUUGGGAAGUCAGUGUGGCUGCUGUGGGGCAUCGUCUUCAACAACUCUGUCCCAAUUGAGAACCCCAAGGGCACCACCAGCAAGGUCAUGGUCCUGGUAUGGGCCUUCUUCGCUGUCAUCUUCCUGGCCUCCUACACUGCCAACCUGGCAGCCUUCAUGAUCCAGGAGCAAUACACUGACACAGUCUCUGGACUGAGUGACAAAAAGGUAGGAGGAUUCAUCAGUCAUUGGUGAUUCUGUCUGUGUUCAGUCUUUGAAAGGGGGAGAGAAUUAUGGACAUACUGUAGUGUUUGAUGUUAGGCUUAGACAAAAUAUAGAGUGGCCUAUUUUUGAUGAGCAAACAGUGCCUGGCUGCGAACAGUUUGAGAGAAUACAAAUAACCACGGGCAGAGCCUCAAUGUCACGACUGUGACUUUUUCCACUCAUAACAAAAACAUAAUAGGAUUCCCAGUGUCUGUGGUGAAAUUAAAUUCGAUCCCUGAAGUCUUUAGGUGUGAUGUCUGUGAAAAUCCCCUGGAUUGUACUACACCAGUGGAUUUGCUGAGCCACCAGUGAUUAUAUAUUAUAGUAUUAACUUAUGCAUCUUUGUGUGGCCUGUGGAGGUGCUCUACACCAGUAUUGACAAGGAAAUCCAUGUUAAACCUUCAGUGCUAGAAAUGAUUUGUAGACUCUCUGCUUUGAGGCACUGAGGGAUUAGAGAGGCAUUUGAGGGAAAAGACCAAGCUGUCCACUGCUCAUUAGAAUUCUGGGAACUCAUUUAAUAUUCUUCCCACAUUAUCCAUCAGCUCUACUUUGUGAAAGAAAGACGAGAAUCCAUAAAGUGUCUUUUGACAGUGAGUCUACAGAUUAAAACCAGGGCAGAAUCCACAGAAGCUCAGAGAGAAUAGCCAGACUGGACACUGCAGGUGGAACAUUUAAAUUGAGCUGUAUGAACUCUAAAAUGUGACCUUCUCUGAAAGUGUUUCAAACAAGAGGCAUGUGCGAAAUACAAACUGGUUUAAGGACAGUAGCUGGUGUUUAAUGUAGUGACGGAUGAUUGUUUCUCCUCCUGGGACUGUUAACUUCAGAGAGUCAUGCAUGGACACUAUGGCCAAGACUUUUCCAUUUCCUCAUAGUGACAUCAUUUACAGACGGGCACCUCCCUCUUUAGACCAUGUCUGUGCUAGUCUCUCCUUUCUGUACAAGCUGUCAGAUGUUAACCGAUUUCUGUAAGAAUCCUAUACACUUUACUUUGUCCAGCUAGACUCAAGCUCUAUGGGUCAACCAUCAUCCAUGCUUUUAGUCAGGGUUUUCACUGCUUCCCAACAGGCAUUUACAACACAGAGCACUGUAUGACAUUCUGUGCCUUGGGGCACUAUCACACUACUAUAGUAUUCCCUCAUUCACAUUGCAGCAGCAUAACCUUGGUCUGUUGGGUGAGAUGAGGAACACAGGCUGAGUAUCCUAAUGCAGCCAGUGUACAAGAUACAGGACAAAUCGGAACGAGGACAACACUGUCAUCUCUUCAGCUCCUCCACCAGACAGCAGUGAGACGUGGGAUGCAUAAGACUGGCACCAAGGGUCUCAUUAAUUCAUGUGAAAUGGCUCAGAGGACAUUUCUCUCAUUCUGACAAGCCAAGGUUACUAGGAAUUGUCGCUCACUGAUGUAUUUGCAUUAAUGAACAAGUACAAUUUAUUUCCAGUAUAUUGCACAGUCAGGGUAUUCAAAUGAAUAUGGUGCACUCUGCGUCAAAGGGGCCUGGCAAAAUAAGGAGAAAUUAGGAAUUUUUAUUACAGUCAAGGGGGAAGAAGUAAUUUUCUAAUUCUCUGGAAAGCAUGGCCUGGACUUAAUUUCUGUUCAUUGUACCCUCUAAUCAUCGAAUUAGAUGUGGAAAUUAACAGAGAGAAGAAUUAUGGUGAGGGUAAUCUUAGCUGACCAGUUAAUUGAGUGAACAGCACUUGAGGGUACAGGCAGAUAUCAAAGAGACGGCGGUCUAGUGGAGUAAAGGACAAGGUGAUCAGUGUCAUUGUGUUUGUUUCUUUGAGGUUUAUAUUCACGCCUCUGGGUUUGCUUGGCACAUCAUACACUCUUAGAAAAAAAGUGCUAUCUAGAACCUAAAAGGGUUCUUCGGCUGUCCCCAUAGGAUAACCCUUUGAAGAACCCUUUUUGGUUCCAGGUAGAACCCACUUGGUUCCAGGUAGAACCAUUUUGAGUUCCAUGUAGAACCCUUUCCACAGAGGGUUCUACACGGAACCCAAAAUAGUAAUUCUACCUGUAACCAAAAAUGGUUCUCCUAUGGGGACAGCCGAAGAACCCUUUUGGAACCCUUUUUUCUAAGAGUGUAUAGAAAGGGUUGAGACAUCAGAUCUUAGGAGAGGGUGGAAGAAAAAUAUAUAAAAUAUUAUUACUUAAUAUGCAAGUAUGUCAAUGUAUUUGAUAUUUUAAAAAAUGAAUGACAGAAUGAAUAGUGCCUGUAUUCUUCCUAGACAUGUUGUGUAUCCUAUUCAACUUUUUUCUUGUUCAUGCAUUUAUAAUUCAACCUUUUACAUUUCCAAAACAGUUCCAGAAGCCACAGGAGCAGUAUCCACCGUUUCGUUUUGGUACGGUCCCAAACGGAAGCACAGAGAGGAACAUCCGGAGCAACUACCCUGAGAUGCAUGCCCACAUGGUCAAAUACAACCAGAAGGGUGUGGAGGACGCCCUCAACAGCCUCAAAUCAGGGUAACACUCUGUAAAUAAUCAUUAUACAGUCAGUGGCAGAAAACAGACAUCAGUGUAAUAAAUUGUAAAAUGUCUAAGCAAAUAUUUUGUGUUUGAUUAAAUUAUAAUUCAUUAGAUAAGUUAUUACAUGGUAAUUAAAUAGUAAUUAAAAAUACAUUUGGCUAUCAUUGCAUUUUCCCACAAGAUAAAUCCCUAUUCUUAUCUAUAGGAAACUGGAUGCCUUCAUCUACGACGCUGCUGUGCUGAACUACAUGGCGGGUAAAGACGAGGGCUGUAAGCUGGUGACCAUCGGCAGUGGGAAGGUCUUUGCCACCACUGGCUAUGGCAUCGCCUUGCAGAAGGAGUCCCGAUGGAAACGUCCCAUAGACCUGGCCCUGCUCCAGUUCCUAGCUGAUGGUAAAUUACAAUUAACCCCGUGUGGAGUGGGAGGGGCGGCUAACUGCAAAUCUUAGCUGUACUUAUCCCUUUAGGUACCAAAUACUCCCAAAUUGUCCCAUUUGCUAAACUGAUUAACUGCCCAUUAAUGGUAAAAAAUGCGUCCCUCACACAAGCAAGCUAGGAUAGGCCCGCAAAGCCUCGAGAUUAGAAAAAAUGAAACUUCAAUGAAAAUACUGGCGUACAUUGCACCAUGGAUCACUCAGAGGUACUAUAACAUAGAGUUUUUACUGUGUGCCAGGGAACAACAAGUGUAAAAUGCUGAGUCAGGGUGUGUCGAGGGGAGUGAUGAGGGUGUGAUAUUGGCAUUGACACACAAUGACCGCAACCAGCGCAAGAGUAUUUAAAUGAACACCUUUGAGCCUCCCUGUGUUCUGUUCUUCCCCGCUCGCUGCAGGUGACACACAGAAGCUGCAGACAGUGUGGCUCACAGGGAUCUGUCGUAAUGAGAAGAAGGAGGUGAUGAGCAGUAAGUUGGAUAUAGACAACAUGGCAGGUGUCUUCUACAUGCUGCUGGUGGCCAUGGGGCUCAGUCUCCUGGUGUUCAGCUGGGAACAUCUGCUCUACUGGAAGCUGAGACACUCAGUACGCAAGUCUGAACGCCUCGACUUCCUGCUCGCCAUCAGCAGGGUAAGUGUGGCUGACCCUUCUUCCGAGGGACAGGGGUGGAAAGGGUACAUAGACCUAAUGUAUAGGGAUGUACAAUACCGUUCAAAACUUUGGGGUCACUUAGAAAUUUCCUUGUUUUCGAAAGAAAAGCAAUUUCUUUGUCCAUUAAAAUAACAUCAAAUUGAUCAGAAAUACAGUGUAGACAUUGUGAAUGUUGUAAAUGGCUAUUGUAGCUGGAAACGGCUGAUUUUUUAUGGAAUAUCUACAUAGGCGUACAGAGGCCCAUUAUCAGCAACCAUCAGUCCUGUGUUCCAAUGGCACGUUGUGUUUGCUAAUCCAAGUUUAUCAUUUCAAAAGGCUAAUUGAUCAUUAGAAAACCCCUUUGCAAUUAUGUUAGCACAGCUGAAAACUGUUGUGCUGAUUAAAGAACCAAUAAAACUGGCCUUCUUGAGACUAGUUGAGUAUCUGGAGCAUCAGCAAUUGUGGGUUCGAUUACAGGUUCAAAAUGGCCAGAAACAAAGAACUUUCUUCUGAAACUCGUCAGUCUAUUCUUGUUCUGAGAAAUUAAGGCUAUUCCAUGCGAGAAUUUGCCAAGAAACUGAAGAUCUCGUACAACGCUGUGUACUACUCCAUUCACAGAACAGUGCAAACUGGCUUUAACCAGAAUAGAAAGAGGUGUGGGAGGCGCCGGUGCACAACUGAGCAAGAGGACAAAUACAUUAGAGUGUCUAGUUUGAGAAACAGACGCCUCACAGGUCCUCAACUGGCAGCUUCACUAAAUAGUACCCGCAAAACACCAGUCUCAACAUCAACAGUGAAGAGGCGACUCCUGGAUGCUGACCUUCUAGGCAGAGUUGCAAAGAAAAUGACAUAUCUCAGACUGGCCAAUAAAAAGAAAAGAUUAAGAUGGUCAAAAGAACACAGACACUGGACAGAGGAAGAUUGGAAAAUAGUGUUAUGGACAGACGAAUCGAAGUUUGAGGUGUUCGGAUCACAAAGAAGAACAUUUGUGAGACACAGCCCAAAUGAAAAGAUGCUGGAGGAGUGCUUGAUGCCAUCUGUCAAGCAUGGUGGAGGCAAUGUGAAGGUCUGGGGGUGAUUUGGUGGUGGUAAAGUGGGAGAUUUGUACAGGGUAAAAUGGAUCUUGAGGAAGGAAGGCUAUCACUCCAUUUUGCAACGCCAUGCCAUACCCUGUGGACGGCGCUUGAUUAGUGCCAAUUUCCUCCUACAACAGGACAAUGACCCAAAGCACAGCUCCAAACUAUGCAAGAACUAUUUAGGGAAGAAGCAGUCAGCUGGUAUUCUGUCUAUAAUGGAGUGGCCAGCACAGUCACCGGAUCUCAACCCUAUUGAGCUGUUGUGGGAGCAGCUUGACCGUAUGGUACGUAAGAAGUGCCCAUCAAGCCAAUCCAACUUGUGGGAGGUGCUUCAGGGAGCAUGGGGUGAAAUCUCUUCAGAUUACCUCAACAAAUUGACAACUAGAAUGCCAAAGGUCUGCAAGGCUGUAAUUGCUGCAAAUGGAGGAUUCUUUGACGAAAGCAAAGUUUGAAGGACACAAUUAUUAUUUCAAUUAAAAAUAAUUAUUUCUAACCUUGUCAAUGACAACAUUUCCUAUGCAUUUUGCUAUAUUUUCUAUUCUAACUCAUUUCAUGUAUGUUUUCAUGGGAAAAAAAUAAUUCUAAGUGACCCCAAACUUUUGAACAGUAGUGUACACACUGAGGCAUGUCUUAGAUUGCGAAGGCCUUGGGUUCUGCAGAGAGAAUGUGGUCCAAUCACCAUAGGAAAGUUGAUCUGUUAAUCUAAGCUACAAAACAGUUUUUUAUAGUAAUUAAUUCCAUAAAGAAAUUACAUACAGUGUAAGCAUAGCAUCAAUUUAGUGCAAGCAGCAACAACGUCAUUAUUUUGCAAAGUCUAAGAAACCAUAAAAUGUGUUGUUUCUCUUUUCACAGUCACAGCAGAAAUUAUUUUCUACUUGCUGACCAUAAAGUUCUCAGUCUUCCUUUGAUUUUUGCCUCACAGUAAUGUUUGGGAAAUAAUGGUAAUGCACUAAGUCAAAGCUGUACAUGAUCAGGAUAUUUCAAGGGCACUAAAAUAAAAAUGAUACUAAAAUAAAAAUGAGUAAAAAGCCAUAAAAGGACUUGGAGACUGUGCAAUAUUGUUACGGUCGUGAUCCGUCUGAAAUUGAAUUUAAAUAGGCCCAUUAAUAAGCCAUCUCAGUGUUGACAGUGGUGAGGUGAGAUUAAGCAUUCCAGACUGAGACCCAAUUUGAAAGUAAAAUAAAGCGGGCUAAUAAAAAUUGGGAAACUAAUUUAGCAAGUGCAUGGUCAGCUGCUGCUUAUUCAUUUACUGUCUUGCGCUGUUUUUUUGUGUUUAACACCGACCUGAAUGCAUACAAGCUUUCAAAACACAACAAAUUGCAGAUAAACUAUUUUGGACAAUCCUGAAUCUAAUUUUGCUUUCACACUUCUUUGUGUAAUUGUCUUCACUUCAUUGGUCAGACAGGUUAAUAGAAAUUGUAUUUGCUCAAAGUGAAUAUCAUCAACACAAGCAAUAAUGUUUUCUAAAGUCAUGAUUAGAAACAGUGGCCAAAGAUAAUUAACACCAAAACCUGACAAGGCUGAUGGAUGCUAAUCUCCUCCUCCUUCCCUAUGUCUCUGCAGGGAAUCUACAGCUGCUUUAACGGCGUGGAGGACUCUGACCGCAACGGGAAUCUGCAGAACCCUGACGUCACCACCAACUACACCCAGGCCAACAUGCUGAAGAUGCUGCAGACAGCCAAGGACAUCGUGUCCUCGACCAGAGUGGAGAACUCCCUGGACAAUGCCACCAAGACCAUAGAGAACUGGAGCCGGCGUGGAGCCGACAAUGUGCGGGUUGGCCUGCCGCCCCGGGUAGCAACCACUAUAGACAUGGGCCACAGCCGCCUGCCCUACAUCUCCAGCAUCACGGACAACCACUCGCACUACACCCAGAGGGCGCUUGCGCCCACCUUCCCCAUCCACUACUCGGACAGCGCCAUCCAGCCCCUGCUGGACAAAUCCAGGGUGGUGACGCGGCCUACCCCGCUCCGCUACACCCUGCCGGCCCGCGGCAGCUACCACUUCUACGAGAGGACCCUACCCAUCUCCAGCCUCAGCAGCCCCCACAUCGCCAUGAGGGACCCUGCUACCCCCCAGCACCUCCACCCACAACCCACACCCCCACCCCCACCACAGCAGCAGGCUGUAUGUGGAGAGCCAGCCCCGGCACCCCACCUCCCCGUUUGUCCCCUACAGAGAGUUCCAGGUGCCUGACAUCUACGUGGAACACCACAAGGGGCCCCUGGGACGGAAGUUUAGCUACCCCCCUGACCACAUUGGCAGGAAGAAGAGGUCCCACAGCUAUGUGUUUUCUGAGGCCCAAGACACCAGGGGGAGGAACGACUACGAUGAGCCCACCUCCUGUCUGGCUGAGCUGAGGGCCAACCACCUCCUGAACAACCACGCCCCUUCUGCAUCAAACAUGGCCUGCAUGGGGGGCCACUACCCCAGCGGCAGCGCCAGCUGCAACUCCUGCAUGAAGCCCUACCUGGAGCCUGAAAUGGAGGAUGUGCCCCUGCUGGGGAAGGACAAGGUCAAUCGCCGGGCCUCUUUUCUCAAGGCCACCUGGAGCAGUGACAGGAUCCGCCAGCUGGGCGAGAAGCCUUCCACCUCCACUAUGCCCGACCUGUUCCCCCGCGUAGUUGUGGCCAACCCCAAGCCCCACAAGCUGUACGGUAGCCAGGGGAACAACCUGUGCUACCCCCUGGCCGCUGAGCCUGCCUACCUAGACCCGGCCCAUAUGCGGUCCUACCCCUACAAGCAGCAGAAGCUCAAGUGCUCCCAGUCCACCCGGCUGCCAUCCUACAGGGAGGCCAUCCUGCAGAACGCAGCCGCUCUGCGGCGCUCCUCCUCCACUGUGGUGCACAGACACUACUCCACCUACCUGAACUCGUACACAGACCUGCCUGUAUACGUGGGGCCGCUGCCCCAGGGCCCCGGACAGUUCUACGACAAGGACAUGUGCCACCUGUUCCCCUGUGCAAGCCACUGCCCUGACAACAAUGCCCUGGUGCCCCGUAUGGGGGACCGGCAGGUGGUGUACCAGAACAAUAUGUUUGGGGGCUAUGAGGGCGCGGUGGGGCGGUCGCGGGAGGAGCCCCCCCUGCCCGCGUCUGGGAGCAGGGAUCGGAGGCAGGUCCUGGUCGCCAGAAGAGUCAACAGUCCCUAUGUGCCAAAGCCCUGGGGCAGGGUAUCCAGUCUGGAGUCUGAGGUC